AUGGUCGAAGUUGUGAAGUUUGGGAGGGAAGCGUCUGAAGUGGAUGACACAAUUGCCCAAAGUUCCGUUACUUCGUGUGAGCUAAAUGACCAGGAAGUGGAGGAGGAGUUCGGUGGACCAUCCCUCCUCUUCAAUGGGGUCUUGAUUCCUCGUCUGGUUCGAGAUAAGCCAAACACUUACAGAAUCGACACUGAUCCACAGUUCAUGCUUUGUUUCAGGAGCACCAACGCUAAUCCACGCCAUCGAAAAGUCGUGCUGAAGAACAACGGCACAGAAGAUCUCAUCUAUCAAUGGAAGAAAGUUGAAAGGACCUUCUUCACAGAAAUUUUGCCUCCAAGGGAUUCACCAUUCUUCUUUUUUUCCAACAACGGUGGAAUCGCUCGUGGGGAGUCAAAAACUCUUCAUAUCUCCUUCCAAUCGGGUUACGAAGGGGUCUUCUCCGAAACCUGGAAGUUCACCACAAAUCCACCGUUGUGCUGU